CUCCGGUUAUAGUCGGUUACCAAAUGCGCAGUCUCAUGAAUGGAUGCUACGUUCCUUUUCCGGCUGCACCAGCACAAUCCACCAGGAAGUGUGCGAUAAAUCCUAAAGUAUUAAUCCCUUAUACCUGGAGGAAGGAGAUAGAUAUUAGUAUGCAUUUUUGAUGGAAUAUACCAGUUGUGUCGCCUUUCUAAUCUACAAAUCGUUCAAGUCGGUGUUUUGCAAUUCAUGCAGGGUAAACAUAAUACCGGGAACUCCCAGCAAGUUUGGGUUUUUUGUUCUUCUUGUGCUGUAGCGUUUAGCUAUUCUCAAAUCUAACCCUUGACUGCAAUGGGAUGCUGCGAUAGCACAGAGAGGACAAAGAGAGAAUGGAAACCCUUGGAGGAUCGAAGUUGCACGGAUUUGCCGUGGUUCCUUUUAUUUACUGUAUUCUGUGUUGGAAUGGGGAGUAUCUGUGGGUUUACCAUCGCCACUGGGGGCGCAGGCCGCCUGGUCUUUGGAUAUGACAGCUACGGGAACACCUGCGGCCAGCGCAAUGAGCAGAUCGAAGGGGUCAGGCUGAGUGGACUGGAUCAGACGGACAAAAAGUAUGUGUUCUUCCUGGACCCAUGCAACAUUGACAUAGUGCAGAGGAAGAUCAAGUCCAUGGCCCUGUGUGUGUCCCUGUGUCCUGAUGAAGAGCUGAAGACGUACCAGGACCUCAAGAGGUUCGCCAUGCACAAUGGUUCGGAGCUGUGUUCAUACGAACUAGCCGGUCACAAAUAUCCCGGCCUUCCAGAGAGGUUCGACAAAUGUCCCAAACUUCCAGUUCCCCCAAGCAAAUCUCUCCCGGUGUUCAACCGCUGCACGCCGGUGGACAUCUCCUGCUAUGCCAAGUUUGCUGAGGCGGUGGUGACAUUUGUGAGCGACAACAGUGUGCUGCACAGGCUGAUCGGCGGCGUGAUGGCCAGCAAGGAGAUCAUCGUGGGCCUCUGCCUGCUGGCACUAGUGCUCUCCAUGAUCCUGAUGGUGAUCAUCCGCUACAUCUCUGCUGUGCUGGUCUGGAUCCUCACUGCCAUGGUGGUCCUGGGCUCCCUGUCGGGCACAAGCAUUCUGUGGUGGCUGUACAUAGACUACCGGUUAACUGCCAACGAGACCUUAUCUAAAGAGACUGCAGAGACUACAGAGACUAAAGAUGCUAAGGAGGAAGCAGAGAUGACCAGGGACAAUGGCCAGGCGCUUCUGGUGUAUGCAAUCGCUGCCACAGUAUUCACAGUGAUCCUUUUCCUGCUGAUGCUGUUCAUGAGGAAGCGUGUGGCGCUGACCAUCGCCCUGUUCCACGUGGCCGGCAAGGUGUUCAUCCACCUCCCGCUGCUCACCCUGCAGCCCUUCUGCACCUUCCUGGCCCUGCUCCUCUUCUGGAUGUACUGGGGCCUGGUGCUGCUCUUCCUCGGGACCACCGGGAACCCGGUCCAGAACGAGGAGACAGGUCUGACAGAGUUUCGGCUGACUGGGCCUCUGCAGUACAUGAUGUGGUACCACACUGUGGGCCUCAUCUGGAUCAGUGAGUUCAUCCUGGCCUGCCAGCAGAUGACUGUCGCUGGGGCCGUGGUCACGUACUACUACACAAGGGACAAGACCAGGCUGCCAGUGACGCCCAUCCUGUCGUCAGUGCUGAGGCUGAUGAGGUACCACCUGGGCACAGUGGCCAAGGGCUCCUUCAUUAUCACCCUGGUCAAGAUCCCACGCUUAAUGCUCAUGUACGUCCACAACCAGCUCAAGGGCAAGGAAAAUGCAUGUGCUCGCUGCAUGUUGAAGACCUGUAUCUGCUGCCUGUGGUGUUUGGAGAAGUGCCUCAACUAUUUGAAUCAGAAUGCGUACACGGCGACAGCCAUCAACAGCACCAGUUUCUGUACAUCGGCGCGCGACGCCUUUGUGAUUCUGGUGGAGAACGCUCUGAGGGUGGCCGCCAUCAAUGCCGUGGGAGACUUUGUCCUCUUCCUGGGCAAGAUCCUGAUCGUGACGUCAACAGCGUUCGCCGGCGUACUGCUGCUGAACUACCAGCGGGACUACGCAGAGUGGGUCCUCCCUCUCAUCAUCGUCUGCCUCUUUGCCUUCCUGGUGGCCCACUGCUUCCUGUCCAUCUUUGAGAUCGUGGUGGACGUGCUCUUCCUCUGCUUCGCCAUCGACACCAAAUAUAAUGACGGUACACCGGGCAGAGAGUUCUACAUGGACAAAGCCCUGAUGGAGUUUGUGGAAAACAGCAGGAAGCUGGAGCGGGUGGUGGAGCGAGGGCGGAGCCGCCCCACGGAGGCGGUGUUGGUGGAGGGGGCGGAGAUGAAGCCCAUGGCUCCAGGAACAAGUUCAGCUUGACCAAAAUCACCUAAUGGGACUUUUUUAAAAGACAUUCCAGAAUGUUUAUUUUUACCAAUGUGUAACAUGUUUACUAUGGUUUCACUCCAGGGAAUACAAUAUUUUAAUAAGAAACUGUAAAAAAAAUAACAAUAAUGAAGCACUUUAUAUUGAAGCGCUGCAUAUUUUAAAAGGCUGAUGCAUUUUUCGUAGUGAUGUCCUUUUUUAUAAGACUAAAAAAAGAAUUGCCAUCUAGUCGAACACAGUACUAAAAUGUAUUCAAUCACUUUGGGUUGUCAACGUUUUGCAUAACAAGUUUGCCUUUUGGUUGGACUUCUCGAUCAGCGAGAUACUUAUUUGUCAUGCAAUGAUAUAGCACUUAGAUGUGUUUUUAAUCAACCACUGAAACUUAAGUACGUUAGACUCACGUUUGCAUUUAAAUUCAAUCUGCAUCAUGGAAGAGCGUACUUUUGUUUUGAAAGGAGAUGUAUUUUUACCAGAGUGUAGGGGAUCUGUUUUUGCAGCGUGAUUUUUGGGAUGUGCAGAAACAGAGUCAUACAGCUGUGGGUAUUACAGCAGGAGGAAGACAACUUGUAGUUCCCAUGGUUUGGAGGGACGCAGAGACAAAGUUACUGCCGACUGGAAGUCUAUCCCCCCUACACCUAGACACUUAGAUCUACAAGGGACCAUGAGAAGUUUAGGGGUAGGGACUAAGGGUUCAUUGUGAACUGGGCAUGACAUUUACAGUGAGAACUAUCCAGAGGGCUGCAAAGUCUGUUGCUUUUCUUACUCAACCAAUUGUCCCCUAGUUUGAUUCACUUGGUUCAUUUAUCAAACCAGUCAGUCAUUAUUGGGAUUGAUGGACAAUGGACCUUUGACCUAAUCAGAGGUGCAGUGUAACGAGUCCUCUUCCACUGAAGUCUCAGUAGGAAGUGAUGACUUUGCAGCCCUCAAGCAAUAAUGCAACACCAUUAGUAUUUACCGCUACAUUAUUUUAAUUUUUUUUACUUGCACUACAGCUUUUCAAGACAAGUUCCUGGCAUAGCGCUAUCAUCUCUCUGAUGUGGAGGGGGAGUGGAGGGGGACACACUCGCACUUUGCCUUAACUGGUUCCAUAGGAUGUGCCCCCAAUCUUAUUAGUUAGUGACGGGACUCCCCAGUUUGUAAUUGGGGGGUAGAAGUGCUGUAAGCCUUAAGUCCCCUCUUCUUUUUGCAGUAGAUAUGUGUAUUUGAUACCAAGAGUACUGAAUCCAUUGGAGAGACUGAAGAACAACUUUGCCGCCCCCCCUUUUUGAAUUUGCUUUUAUCAAUCUUCUAAGUCAGAAAAUGCUAUCUUUUGAAGGCUUUCAGAAUUGUAUGAAUUGCACGUUUUAUGCAGAGUUGAAUAAUGUGUUGAUAAGACUAAAUAGUAUCCUGAUAUUGUGAAGUGAUCCUGGUGGAUAUGUUCAAUGUUGUUGAAGGGAGAGAUGGCUGUGACUGUUCACAUAACGUUCAUGUUCAGCUUCUCGUGUGAGAGAAUGACAAGCACCAGCCAUCCUUCACAAUAACAUCGUUAAUGUUUCAAAACAGGAAAACAAGAGUGUUGGUGCGCUUUUCUCCGGGAAUACACUACUAGACCGUACACUAUGAUGUACCUAUGAAAUAUUAAGAGCAUGUAUGUUGAAAAAAAGUCAAGCCGAAUUAACGUUGCCACAGAACCCUAUUGCGUAAAGCAUGUUAAGAAUUGCACUAAGAUGGUAUUCAUUUAAACACUGAUCAAUUUAAGAUAUCUGUAAAAUAUUUAUAGUUGAAAAUGACUUUAGCUCUGUCAGUCGAUACAAUGUAGAGAUGUUUCUUAAAUGUUUCAGAGGAUGGUCCUUUCCCCAAGUGAGAGAACCUGCCCAAAAAUAUGCCUAGUGCAAUCAAGGAAUCCACAGGUCAGACUACUGAUAACUGCAUUUCUCUGAAAACGACAUGUCAUUCAUGGGUAUGUGUCCAUCAUAGAAGACCAAGACUAUGACCGAGGGACUGUUUCUCUCAGCCUUGUCUGACUACAUUUAACCCACGCCGUUCUGUUUGCCAAACUACCAGUCGACGCACACAACGGGAAAAUCAGACACAACAACAGAGACCGUGUUGUGCUAACUGGCUUUUCAGUUCUGGUUUCUUUUUCUUUACACGCCUGUAAAGCAAGCUGCUCUGCGACUAGCUGAGACGCAAGGCCUGCUUUGUCAGCUUCUAUUAGCGCGGACAGAAAGCCCUACUACUUAGAAGGAAGAGCCAGUAUUGUAAAAGCCAGUAUUAUACUCAAAACGGUGGACCAUAGACGACUUGCAUGUUUUCCGUCUGGGGUUUUUCCUCGCUCCAUUUUAGGGCGAGCCAUCUUUGUAGGGUGUGACUAUUACGGCAUUAGAUCCACGUGACUUAAUACUGACUUAACUGAUAGAACAAUAGCUUUACUCAGCAACAAAGCCACUGUUUUUCGAGAUGUUAGUCGACCUCUCUUCGUUCCUAGAAACAAACUGCGCGUCUAUUCUUGUCACACAGGAAUGGGAGAUACUGUUAUGAAUAGGCAACAUCAGUUUAAUUGUCUGGUGUUACAUUUCUCUGCAGUAAGGUUGUUUAACAUUGGGCAAUGUUUUGUUUUUUUGUUUGAUUUUUAUGUAUUUAUGUAUAUUCGUUUUUUUAAGGUAAUAAAUUGGAAAAAGUAAACUUGU